AUGAACAGGGAGUCUCUGUUACCAUAUUACAUGAACCAGAGUGGCUCCAGUAUGUUCAAUACCACCAGGGGGAAACUGCAGCGACAACUGCAAAAGGGAGAAUAUGACAUCUUCAAGUACGCACCUAUGUUUGAGAGCGACUUUAUCCAGAUCACAAGAAAGGGAGACGUGAUUGAUGUGCACAACCAUGUCCGCGUGGUGACCAUGGGCAUCACAUGCACCAGCCCUGUCCUCCCACUUCCAGAUGUCAUGCUGCUGGCCCACCAGGCCACCUGCUGGGAAGAGCUUGGAGGGCACAGCAAAGUCACCAGGAGAAAAACCCAUAAGGCUGCAAAGACCUUAGAGCUCACUAGGCUUCUCCCCUUGAAGUUUGUGCAGAUCUCCAUUCAUGACCAUGAGAAACAACAGCUGCGCCUGAAGUUCACCACUGGCAGCUCCUGCUACCUGCAGCUGUGUCCCCCUAGGAAGGCUCCAGAAAACCUCUUUGCCUGUUGGGAAAACCUCAUUUGCCUCCUGCAGCCACCGGUGGGCAGUAACAAUAGUACCUAUACCACUCCUGCCAGGGACAUGACAUACAAGCCUGUGUUUGAAGAAGAGGACAGGAGGAGGGCGGCAGUGGCCGAUUUCCAAAGGAAACCAGAUCAGGACCGGGUCAACAUCAGAAGUCUCCACGUGGCCUCUGUGGCUGAGGCCACCUCUGCAGCUUUUUCUGGGGGGGAGGGUAUCCAAUAUGACUCCCACAGAUUCACUGCCAUGCCUGACGGAACCAUCCCAAACACAAAGCCUACAGAGUUUGACAAAGCGUCAGCAGCCGGGGUGGCAGCAGGCACCACAGCAGGCGCUCUGAGCAUGGCAAUCACCAAGUCUGCUGCCCCUGAACGAAUAAGCAUGGCCAUAACAGGGGCAGCCACCAAGGAUCCAGGGGGAAGCAACACCAGCAUAGCCAUUGCAGGUGCUGCCAACAUGUCACCCAAGAGCAUUAAGAUGGCCUUUGCAGGUGCUGCAAACAAGUCUUCAGAGUGUUCUUCCAACACUAGCCUCUCCCCAGAGACCAGCAUGAUUGUUGCAACGGCAAAAGCAGAACCUACCAGCAAGACUGUUGGAGAAAUAGCUAACGAUCGUACCGCAGAACCUCUCAUCUCAACCUUGCCCAAGGAAGGCAAUGUGAGUGAACAGGCCAGAAGGCAGCCACAAGUGUCCCUAGCCAGGGCUGAAGCCCGCAAGAGUAGAAGGGACAGGAGGGAGCGAAGGGAAAGGGACAGAGAUCUCAUGAGUCCCCAUCACCUAAGGGCAACUGUAAGCUGCCAGAAGCCAGGGGGUGACAAGGUACUCGGAAAACCAUCUGGCUGGUCCUUAACCAGGCAGAGAAAUGACAAAAAGGAGCCAGGUUUCAGCAGACCAGGGGGCAGCAGGCCUGCCACCACCCACAAAAGCAUCAGCCACGCACCGAUCACCAAGGACUCCAGGACCUCUCACAAAUCUGGGAGAAGUUUGUCCACAAGUAAUUCAGGUUCCACAACCAAGAGAUUCAGCAGGAUCAGCUCUUUUUUGAGGAGCAUCAAAGCCAAUCUUACUACAAAAAUAGUGGCCUCACCACACGGUAAGGAUGUGGACAGUUUAGCUAAGACAAUGGAAAGGAACAGCCUGGAGGGCAUUAUAGAGAUAGGAGAGAGUGGCCAGGGACUGGAGAUGAUUGAUAGUACAUCUGAGAUCAUGGAGACAGUGACCUCUGAACCCUAUUAG